AUGACUGAGUGCUGGUCAGUGGAUCCCUGGGCCGCCGAGGUUAUUGAUGGCCGCAUCUACGGGCGCGGAACGCAGGACAUGAAGUCCGUUUGCGUGCAGUAUCUUCUGGCGAUCCAGCGACUGCGUAAGAGAGGUUUUAUUCCACGUCGGACAGUCCACCUGAGCUUUGUUCCGGACGAAGAAGUCGGUGGGGUGGAAGGCAUGGGCGAACUCUUGAAGACGCCUGAGUUUGCAGCGUUGGGUGAGCUCGGCCUGGCUUUGGACGAGGGCCUCGCAAAUCCUGGAGAUGCGUUCACAGUGUUCUAUGGAGAGCGAACUCCUUGGUGGCUCCUUGUGCGAGCAAGUGGUCCAACAGGACAUGGCAGUCGAUUCAUCAAGGACACGGCACCACAGAAGCUUCUGCGCUUCGCAGAGCGCGCGCUGGCGUUUCGCAAGGCGCAGGAGGAGUCCCUUGGCCACGGCACAAAUGGCUGCAAACAUGGAAUUGCCAAGAAGCUCGGGGACGUUACCACACUGAACUUGACGAUGCUGCGUUGUGGUGUCAGCAACGACAACGGGAAGACGUUCUGUCUCAAUGUGAUCCCCACAGAGGCAGAAGCUGGCUUCGAUGUGCGGAUUACCCCAGACUUGAAGCCCAAGGACUUCCAGAAUUUGCUGGACCAGUGGUGCAAGGAGGACGAAGGAAUCACCUGGCAAAUUGCACCAUGGACCAGGGCACUGCAUGAGCACCACAUUACCGCUCCCGACGACUCAAACCCGUGGUGGGUUGCAUUUCGUGAUGCCAUGUCAUCCAUGUCCUUCGAUGUCGAGCCUGAGGUGUUUCCAGCCGCCACGGACUCGCGCUUCCUUCGAGAGCUGGGGAUCCCGGCGUUGGGCUUCUCGCCGAUGAGGCGCUGCCCGAUAUUGCUGCACGAGCAUGACGAGUACUUGCCAGUGGAAGUUUUCAUGUCAGGCAUUGACGUCUACGUAGGCUUGCUGGAAGCUCUGGCAUCAAAGCCAAAGCUUCAAAGAGAGGACGAGGUCUUGGCAAAGCGGAGGCGAACAGUCUGA